UGACACUUUUCCUGCUCUCCCUUCUGUUUGGACUGCUUUUUUGGCUGGGUCCUGUCUGUGAAGUUUUUCGUGGUUCUCCCACCUUUUAGAAUUCUCACCCUUUAUUUCCAGGAGCCAAUGCGAGGCAUUAGCUCUGAUUAGGCGACGGCUGGUGACCCGGGGUGCGCGAGGGGGAUCCGAGUGGUGAGGGGGUAUGAGUUGAGCGAGAGGUGGAGUGAAAGGAAAGCCGGGGAGAAGUGAUGGAGAUCACCCCUGCGAGGGGUGGACUGAACCGAGCACACCUACAAUGCAGGAAUCUACAGGAAUUCUUAGGAGGCCUGAGCCCUGGGGUGCUGGACCGAUUGUAUGGGCACCCUGCCACUUGUCUGGCUGUCUUCAGGGAGCUCCCUUCUUUGGCUAAGAACUGGGUGAUGAGGAUGCUCUUUCUGGAGCAGCCUCUACCACAGGCUGCAGUGGCCCUGUGGGUGAAGAAGGAGUUCAGCAAGGCUCAGGAGGAAAGCACCGGGCUGCUGAGCGGCCUCCGUAUCUGGCAUACCCAGCUGCUCCCCGGUGGACUCCAGGGCCUCAUCUUGAACCCUGUCUUCCGCCAGAACCUCCGAAUUGCUCUUCUGGGUGGGGGCAAGGCCUGGUCUGAUGACACAAGUCAGCUGGGACCAGACAAGCACGCCCGGGAUGUCCCCUCAUUGGACAAGUACGCUGAGGAGCGCUGGGAGGUGGUCUUGCACUUCAUGGUGGGCUCCCCCAGUGCAGCUGUCAGUCAGGACCUGGCUCAGCUCCUCAGCCAGGCCGGGCUUAUGAAAAGCACUGAACCUGGAGAGCCACCCUGUAUCACUUCGGCUGGCUUCCAGUUCCUGCUACUGGAUACGCCUGCCCAGCUCUGGUACUUCAUGCUGCAGUAUCUGCAGACAGCCCAGAGUCGGGGCAUGGAUCUAGUGGAGAUUCUCUCAUUCCUUUUCCAGCUCAGUUUCUCUACUCUUGGUAAGGACUACUCUGUGGAGGGCAUGAGCGAUUCUUUGUUGAACUUCCUGCAACACCUGCGUGAGUUUGGGCUUGUAUUCCAGAGGAAGAGGAGGUCCCGGCGUUACUACCCCACACGCCUGGCCAUCAACCUCUCAUCUGGUGUCUCUGGGGCUGGGGGCACUGUGCACCAGCCCGGCUUCAUUGUUGUGGAAACCAAUUACCGACUGUAUGCCUAUACUGAGUCGGAGCUGCAGAUCGCUCUCAUUGCCCUUUUCUCUGAGAUGCUCUAUCGAUUCCCCAACAUGGUGGUGGCACAAGUGACCCGGGAGAGUGUGCAGCAGGCCAUCGCCAGCGGCAUCACAGCUCAGCAGAUAAUCCAUUUCCUAAGGACAAGGGCCCAUCCAGUGAUGCUCAAACAGAAUCCUGUGCUGCCCCCAACCAUCACAGACCAGAUUCGGCUGUGGGAGCUGGAAAGGGACAGGCUGCGGUUCACUGAAGGCGUCCUGUAUAACCAGUUCCUGUCGCAAGUGGACUUUGAACUGCUGCUGGCCCACGCGCGGGAGCUGGGCGUGCUCGUAUUCGAGAACUCUGCCAAGCGGCUGAUGGUGGUGACGCCGGCGGGGCACAGCGACGUCAAGCGCUUCUGGAAGCGGCAGAAGCACAGCUCCUGAGCCGGCCGGGUUCGGCCCCGGGGAGGCGAGCGGGCGAGCAGCUUUCCAACUCAGAUGUAUUUUGUUUACAUACCGGGACAUUUCUUGUUUAAUAAAAUUAUG